AUGCAAAGUCCAUGUAAUGCAGUCUCUGGAGUUGUGACCGACGGGCUUCCAAAGCCUGAACCAGGUCGAACCAAAGAAGAACCAAGUUUCUCUGGCGAUGCUGAAUUGGUCUCGGGACCAAGAUGUCCUUCGGUAUAUGCGAUGGGUUCAGAAUGGUUCAUCCGUAUGUGCAUGCCAUGUAUGCAGGAGAUGGGGAUUCCGGGUGAGGGUUCUGAUGGGGAUUCCUUCAUUUCAAUGAAUCUCAUGAGAUAAAACGACAGGUUUGCCUAGGAAAGUUUUCUAUUCUCUUAUGCAAAGGACGAAUAGUUUCAAAAGGCGCCAUGACUGAGUUUUUACAGCCUCUUCAAGUCGGCUAUGCCAACAGUAAACCCCAGGCACUUUACAAAACUGUAUGGCUAAAGUAAAACAUUCUCCUUCCAGACCACACUAACAAGAAAAGCCCGGUUCAUUCUCAUCAAACAUCGAACUCAUCCGGUACAGCGCCUAUACACCCUGGCUCUUCCCGGUUAGCGAUCUAAAGGACAUCGUUGGACUCGGUUACUUCUUCGGUGUCCUUUCCGUCCUUCAAGGUCCAUUCCUGGGAUUCAAAAAUGACACUCGACCAUGGGACCUCAUAUGCAGGACUUCCUUGAUGCUCAUCUGGUCCUGGACCCAACUCCUAACAUUCAACCUCCAAUACCAAAGGAAUCCCAAAGGCAUAGCCGAAGACGCCAUCAACAAACCAUGGCGACCCAUCCCUUCAGGCCGAAUAUCACGAUAUGCAGCGUCUUGCCUCCUAUAUUGUGCAUUCCCGGCACAAGUGAUAUAUAGCUACUACGUCGGAGGUCUAGGACCCUGCCUGGUCGAGUUAUUCUUCAGCGUUCUUUACAAUGACUUCAGCGGCGAUGCAAACCCCCUGAUCAGAAACCUCCUCAACGCUAUUGGAAUAGGUUGUUUCUACGCCGGUCCCGUCGAGACGCAUACGGCAACACCUCCCUUCUCUCCACGCCCAAGGCACUUUGUUGGCUGAUCCUCCGCGGAUUGACGAUCUUCCUCACGGUCCACACCCAAGACUUUCGAGAUAUGAAGGGCGACAAGGCACAAUCACGACGCACGAUUCCGUUGGUUUUUAGUGAGAUGCCGGCUCGGUACUCGGUAGUAGUUGGUGCGCUGUUCUGUUCCUGCGUAGCGCCGUUGUUCUGGGGCUUAGGAGCAUGGGGCUUCCUGCUUCCUGGAACCAUGGGAUUGGUGAUGGUGGUGAACUUACUUGGAAAUCGGACUUUGGAAGGGGAUAAAUUGAGUUGGAAGUUAUGGGCAUAUUGA